AUGAACAUUCUCCUUGCCGGCCGUGAUACCACCGCAUCACUACUGAGCAAUUUGUUCUUUAUGCUUGCGCGGCGCCCGAAAAUCUGGAAGAAGCUGCGUGAGGAGGUCGCGACUCUCAACGGUCGCGCACCCACAUACCAGCAGCUUCGGAAUUUGACAUACCUUAAAUACUGUCUGAAUGAGUCGCUUCGUUUUCACCCAGUCGUCCCAGUAAAUUCUCGUAAAGCACUGAGUAAUACUGUGCUGCCAGUCGGUGGCGGUCCCAACGGGAAAUCCCCCGUUUUCGUGCGCAAGGGUACUAUCGUGUUCUACAGCGUGUGGGCAAUGCAUCGUCGCCAAGAUCUAUAUGGACCUGACGCAAAUGAGUUUCGUCCGGAGCGCUGGGCAGAUCUGCGCCCAGGAUGGGAAUACUUGCCGUUUAACGGUGGUCCUCGGAUCUGCAUCGGCCAACAAUAUGCCUUGACCGAAGCCGCAUAUGUUACUGUCCGUCUGGCACAGCAGUUCUCAACUCUGGAGACCAGGGAUCCUGGUCCGUGGGAGGAAGCACUCACCUUGACUCUGUGCUCUCGGAAUGGCACUAAGGUCUGUCUAAGACAUUGA